CGAUGACCUCUGUAUCGUACGAUUCCUAUAUACUAGGAGAGAAAUGUCGUGAAAACUACCUCGACGGGACGCGACGGUAUGCUACCAUCACUUAUAGGGUAGUCAUUAUAGGUGGGCCAACGUCUCAACGACGGCUCGUCCCCAGGGGCAUCCGCAGUUAGCGGCACGGCAAUGCAAGACAUGGCUGGUUGAGAUGCCGUCUCCCGCUUCCGUGCUCAGUACUUACCUAAAAGAAAGAGAGAAAUAGGUGAAUUGUGACCAAAAAUGGCGAGUAGGAAAAUGUGGAGCCGGCAGAUGAUGGCAUCAAGGCCCCACUAUAACGGCUCCGGAUCUCGGAGCCAUGAUCUCCUCUCCCAAGGUACGACCUCCUUAACCUCGCCAAGGUGUUCCAAAGGGUAGGAAUUAGGCAUCGAUCUACGAAUACGGAUUGUCUACUGCCGUGCAAAUCCUUUUUCAUUCACAAUGGCAACCCCCCUGAAAAUCGCCGUUCUUGAUGACUACCAGGGGCUCUCAGAGACUACCUUCAAGGCGCUGGACUCGUCGUCAUACGAGGUCACAACUUUCAAGGACACACUGCUCCCGUACAACCACCCUGGCACCCCACAGGAUGUCAAAGACCAGCUAGUCAAGAGGCUCGAGCCCUUCAAUGUGAUCUGCACCAUGAGGGAGCGGACGCCCUUCCCAGCCGACCUCAUCGCCAGGCUCCCGAACCUCAAGCUGCUGCUGACCACGGGCAACCGCAACGCGGCGCUAGACCUAGGCGCCCUGAAGGCGCGCGGCAUCCCCGUCGCCGGCGCCCUCGACACCGCGGCCAGGACGGCCGGCGUCGACAGCACGACGGAGCACUGUGUCGCCUUGAUCCUUGCUGCGGCGCGCAACAUCGCCCAUGACGACCUGUCCGUCAAGUCCGGGGGCUGGCAGACGUCGUACGCGCUCGGACUGGCGGGGAAGGUCUUCGGCACGGCCGGGCUCGGCCGGCUGGGCGUCAAGGUCGCGAAGAUCAUGAACCAGUCGUUUGGGAUGCGGGUCGUGGCGUGGAGUAGAAACCUGACGCAGGAGGCGGCGGAUGAGCAGGCCAGGCUGGCUGGGUUGCCCGUGGAGGACUCGGAUGGGGAGAAGACCUUCAAGGUGGUGAGCAAGGAGGAGCUCUUUAAGACGGCGGACGUGCUCAGCCUCCACCUUGUGCUGUCGGACCGGUCGAAGGGUAUCAUCUCCUCGGCGGACUUGGCCCUCAUGAAGCCCACGGCCAUAUUUGUCAACACCUCGAGGGGUCCGCUUGUGGUGGAGCAGGAUCUCCUCGACACUCUCAACAAGGGUCGGAUACGCGCGGCGGCACUCGAUACAUUCGACCUCGAGCCCCUACCCCUCGACAGCAAGUGGAGGACGACAAGCUGGGGCCGUGAUGGGAGGAGCCAGGUUCUCCUCACUCCCCAUAUGGGUUAUGUAGAGAAGGGGGCGCUAGAUGUUUGGUAUCAGCAGCAGGUGGAGAAUAUCAAGCGCUGGCAAAAGGGGGAGGCGCUGACAUUGAGCCUUUACUAAGCUUGUCAAAGUGAGAUAUGUCGUCAAUUCGCAAUCAGAAACCAGAUCUUUUCUGAGGAUAUCCUUUAGCUAGUUAUCUAGGAAGAUGUAAUGUGUUCUUAGGUAUUAGGAUAAAUAUAUCAGGCGGACACGUCUCUAGGGGAACAUUCUAAUUACCCUAUUAUUUGUCCACGUAGCAGCGGUUUACUCUGACU